GUGUCCACCUACCUUGGUUCCUGAGUCUUGCGAUGAUAGAAAGCAUCAGCCCUUUCCAUACGCUAGUGUUGCCUCUCAACGCCCUCGCAUGCAUGACGACCCUUCUUUCCAUGACUCUUUGGAUGCACCACAAACCAUGGUCUUUCAUUGCAUGUUCAAACUAUGGUUGCACAUCAUAUCGUCGCCGCAUAGUAUUCUCCCAUACUUGCAAUGUAACUCUCAACCACUCAAAAAAAGUUGUUGCUUGGUUCUUGUACACGUGUUGUGCUGGCAGGUCAUACCGAUAUUGAUGAACCGCGGGAGUACUGGAAUUUCCCAGUGUCCUGAAGCUACGGGGUUUGUCUGUAUUAGACAUGACUCUGGUUGACACAAUGUUAGGGUUAGUGUGGGAGAUGUGCGCGGCCGUCGAGGUUGUGGAAUGAACGAGCAACGUGCCGAUGACCUAUACCGUGAAUGUCGCUUGGCCGACGUCUGUGCUGCUGACUAUCCCUACUCAUGAUUCUGGGAUACUCCAGGGUAAAGCCGAGUCGGUUCGCGACAGCAAAAUUUAGUGUGAACUCAAUGGCGUGAACUUAUUCAGGGUCUGCAACUUUGGGUAAGAAGCAGCCACCACACGACUCAGCCAUUGUUGUAAGAUUAGGCAUAACAAGACGAAGAGUUGUUGUGCGAAAUUCAACUGAACAAGGGAGAAAGUCAUCCCUUGCAAAGCCCGAUGUAUCUCGUAUUGCAGCGAUGAUCAAGACACUUGUCGCUUCAGGCGGUCUGUAGGCGAGAGCGGGGCGGAAGGAUGAUGCGCAAAGCUCGCUCGGUUGGCGUUCAACUUUGUUCGAGAAGCGUUCGAUGCUUUCGUGUGCGGGGGUAUCCCUGACCUGGCUUUUCUGCGCACUGCGAUAGACGAGAUCUUACCAUGUCUCAGCGGGCGCCCGCGAAAGACACUCUGCGAACGAGCGACAAUCUGCCAUGUUCCACAGACUUCUCUGGCGCUGUAUUCUUUGGGUUGCAUCGAGUGCAGACUUCCCUGCGCGCGCACUUGUAGCGGCAAUGCAGCAUCGCUCGUCGCAUCGCAUGUCGCGUCGCAAAGUCCAACCAGAUUGUUUGGCGCGAAGUUUGUUCGGCGACAAUGGUGAGGUGUCCAGUAGAUAUCUCGACACGUGUUGGCGGCCUCCUAGUGCUACCCAGGCGGAAGGACAAGUCUUGCCGGCGAUGCACCUCGUACAGGUUGGUCACACUCAGCUCUAGCAGGCAAUGGCUUAACCCGAUGUACGUUUAUUUACCCGCAGAUAACCCAUGGG